CCGCGCGCCGCCUUGGCAGCGCCGGUCACGUGGUGAGGGUGUGGGAGAGGGAUCCACUCUAGCCCCCGGGAGUCUAUGGUGAGGCCUGCCGUGUCCGGCCCCUCGGGACCGAGUUACCCUGCAUGGCUCCUCCGGGGGCGGCUCCGGUGCCUAGAUAACGGUCCGUCCCCGCCCCACGCGGCGCGGCCCCCAGCGCUGGAGGAGGCCCAGGAUGGACAUUCCUCGGUAUGAACCAGUGGCCGAGAUUGGUGUUGGUGCCUAUGGGACCGUGUACAAGGCCCGUGACCCCCACAGCGGCCACUUCGUGGCACUCAAGAGCGUGAAAGUCCCGACCGGAGGAGGAAGUGGAGGGGGCCUGCCUGUCAGCACUGUCCGGGAGGUGGCCCUCCUUCGGCGGCUGGAGGCCUUUGAGCAUCCCAACGUGGUCCGGCUGAUGGAUGUCUGUGCCACUGCCCGAACUGACCGAGAGACCAAGGUGACCCUGGUGUUUGAACACGUGGACCAAGACCUGAGGACGUAUCUGGACAAGGCCCCUCCACCAGGGCUGCCCUUGGAGACCAUUAAGGACCUAAUGAGACAGUUCUUAAGAGGCCUAGACUUUCUUCAUGCCAACUGCAUUGUCCACCGUGACCUGAAGCCAGAAAACAUCCUUGUGACUAGUAGUGGAACAGUCAAGCUGGCUGACUUUGGCUUAGCCCGGAUCUACAGCUGCCAGAUGGCACUCACACCUGUGGUAGUCACUCUCUGGUACCGGGCUCCUGAGGUUCUCCUGCAGUCAGCAUAUGCAACACCUGUGGACAUGUGGAGUGUUGGCUGCAUCUUCGCAGAGAUGUUCCGUAGGAAGCCUCUCUUCUGUGGAAACUCUGAAGCUGACCAGUUAAGCAAAAUCUUUGACCUGAUUGGGCUCCCAGCAGAAGAUGAUUGGCCUACUGAUGUUUCUCUGCCCCGUGGAGCCUUUACUCCUUGUAGUCCCCAGCCUUUACAGUCUGUUGUGCCUGAGCUGGAGGGACCUGGAGCACAACUGCUACUGGAAAUGCUGACCUUUAGCCCCCACAAACGAAUCUCUGCUUUCCGAGCUCUGCAACACACUUAUCUACAGACAGCUGGGGAAGGGAACCCAGAAUGACUACUGGAGGGACUGUAUCCAGGACCAAUAAAGAAGGAAGAAGAAAGAGCUGUCAUUUCCCCUCCACACGGACACUAGGAUCACUCUUAUCGCCACCGUGAUUGUAUGGCAUCACAAGGCAGGAGGGAGAGCGUGAUCCUCCAUACACAUACCCUUCCCAAAUCUUUAACCAUUUUACACAGAAUCUUUUACUGCCUUAAUGACAUUCCCCUACCACCAAUGCCCUUUGUGAGACAUCCCUCUGUCCCACCCUAAACCCCUAUGUUUGGGGGGAGGGGGGAAAGGGGGAUUUAUACAGGAAAAAAAAAACACGAAGCUGGUCUGGUUUUUA